AUGGAGCUGGUUUUGGAUCUGAAAUUACAACCGGGUUCCACUGAAAAUCGAGAUGGGGUAGUGAAGGAGAGAAGGGAUUCCAGUGGGAAGCAUGCAAGGGACUAUACCAUUUAUACAGGGGCUUUUGGGACAAUAUACUUCUUUUCAUUUAUGAGUCUUGCUAUUGAUGCUCUUGGAAAAAUCUCUCCAUGGAAGGAAGCUUGGAGUAUUGAGGCUAAGAUCUUGACCAUUUGGGAAGAUGCUACCAUUGUUAAUGAAAGUAUGCAGAAACUCUUACACAUGGUCUUGAUGGAUAAGCAGCAUGUAAUGUCUGAUGGGUUACAAGACAUCGAUUUCGCAUCCUUUGAAGUGGUGUUUCCAGUGGCGGACGGGACCGCUACUACAAAGAGUACUACAUCCUUGAUCGUGAAAUAUCGAUUGCUUGUUGAACCCUGUGAAUUGCGUGAAAGUAGGAUACUCCAAAUUCUCAUACCCAACCCUGGUUUAAGUGUAACUUCUAUGGACCAGAUUCUUCAGAAGUGCGUUGAUUAUGAGUACUUAAUAGAUUUUGUUGGGGUCCUUUGUGGAUUGAAAAAGAGAAUGGAUGUUGAGUGUAAUGGAAAGAUAUUGAAAGUUCUGACCCUUGAAGUUUUUGCUGAUGGGUACCAGAGACCACCUGUUGUAAUUCUGCAAUCUUUCAAAAUCAAAGUCAAUGGAGAUAAAGUCAGUCUCCAAAAUGUCAUCAAUAUUUCCCGAGUUUUGAUCAACCCUGAUAUGCAGGAAACUGUGAAUUUUCUGAAUCAAUAUGGUAUUGCGAGCCACCAUUUCAGUAGACUUCGUAGUAAUGAGGUUGGGGAUUUAGUAUGUGUAAUUGAUGAUGAAUCUUUUGAUUGGAAGCUAAUACGCACUAUUGAUAAUCUUAAGGCAAACAAUGAGGAUGGACAAUUCUUUGUGGUUGGAAAAAUUAAGGAGAUUGUUGAAGAUCCGGAGUGGUGGUUUUUUUCUUGUGUUUGCGGUCAUCCUAUUGUAGGUGAUGAUAAUGUGUUCCAUUGUCAGCUGUGCAGAAGAGAUGUUCAGCAUUUUAUGAUAAGUUACAGGAUUAAGAUACUUGUUGAAGACGGUACUUCUUGUGGAAUGUUUGUCUUGUUAGACAGCCCAGCCACUAAGCUAUUAGGGAGAACCUGUUCUGAUGUGUUUUUGUUGUUAGAAGAUGAAAUCGAUGUAUAG